AUAUUUUUGUAAAGAAUGUUCAAUUUUUGCAGAUAUGCCCCUGACUAUGAACGCGAGUCUGACCGUGAAAGUGGAUACAGCAGCAGCAGCACAAAUUUAAACUCGAAUGUAAUAAGAUCAAAUGAAACUACUAUAAAACCUGGUGUUAAUCCACCCUUAAGUGUUCAAAGGGGAGCUGUUGCCAUGUCUCUUAAUCCCUUCACAAACCUGCCAUUCACUCCAAGAUAUUAUGAGUUAUACAGGAAAAGAAUUGGCUUACCGGUUUGGGAGUAUAGAAAUAAAUUCUUUGACCUGUUGGAUCGCCAUCAAACUAUAGUUUUGGUUGGUGAAACAGGUUCCGGUAAAACUACACAAAUGCCACAGUGGUGUGUUGAGUUCGCACGAGCUCGAGGAAAAAAAGCCGUGGCCUGUACACAACCAAGGCGAGUAGCUGCAAUGUCAGUCGCACAGAGAGUUGCAGAGGAAAUGGAUGUUGCUCUUGGACAGGAAGUUGGUUAUUCCAUCCGUUUUGAAGAUUGUUCCUCAUCCAAAACUGUUCUCAAGUAUAUGACUGAUGGUAUGUUACUACGUGAAGCUAUGAGUGAUCCUAUGCUGGAGAAUUAUCAGGUUAUAUUACUUGACGAGGCCCAUGAACGCACAUUAGCUACAGACAUUUUAAUGGGUGUCUUGAAAGAGGUCCUCAAACAGAGGAAUGACCUCAAGCUUGUUGUCAUGUCAGCUACCUUGGAUGCUGGCAAGUUUCAACACUACUUUGACAAAGCCCCUUUGUUGAAUGUUCCUGGACGUACUCAUCCUGUUGAGAUCUUUUACACUCCAGAGCCUGAGAGGGAUUAUCUCGAAGCUGCCAUUAGAACGGUUAUACAGAUCCACAUUUGUGAAGAAAUACCAGGUGAUGUUUUACUGUUCCUCACUGGUCAAGAGGAGAUAGAAGAGGCUUGCAAACGCAUCAAACGAGAAGUGGAUGCACUUGGUCCUGAUGUUGGUGAUCUUAAGUGUAUUCCUCUAUACUCAACACUUCCCCCAAAUCUCCAGCAGCGUAUAUUUGAACCACCACCUCCGAAUAAACAAAAUGGGGCAAUUGGUCGUAAGGUGGUGGUUUCAACAAACAUUGCAGAGACUUCAUUAACUAUUGAUGGAGUUGUGUUUGUAAUUGAUCCAGGAUUUGCAAAACAGAAGGUGUAUAAUCCUCGCAUCCGUGUAGAGUCAUUGUUAGUGUCUCCUAUUAGUAAAGCCUCGGCACAGCAGCGUGCAGGACGUGCUGGCAGAACCAGGCCAGGCAAAUGUUUCCGCUUGUAUACUGAGAAAGCCUUUAAAAGUGAAAUGCAAGACAACACGUAUCCUGAGAUUUUGAGGUCCAACCUUGGGUCAGUGGUCUUGCAGUUGAAGAAGUUAGGCAUUGAUGAUUUAGUUCACUUUGAUUUCAUGGACCCACCAGCCCCUGAGACACUAAUGAGGGCACUGGAACUUUUGAACUAUCUGGCCGCCCUAGAUGAUGAUG